CGCGAUCGACACCACGAGACAGUUUCCGCCAAUGUGCUAUUAUUAGAUAAGGAGAUGAUAAGAAAGAAGUAGCCGAAGUAUCUAAACCCAACUUCUUGCAAGACCCGGCUUUACAGAGAUCGCAUUCUCAAAAGGAAGACUACAUGGGUCUGACACAAUCGAUGCCUGCACUAUUGAUAAUAUGCACAGACUUUGGAUUCUACGUUGUUUCAUGCUCUUCGUAACAUCGAAAUGCGAAACGCCUGUCUGUCCCCUCCAGUGUAAAUGCCAUCUACGCCAAGAUCGCUACAUCAUUGACUGCAACGCCAAAAACCUCACCACCCUACCUUUCCUUUGCGCCUUCGAGAACGACGAGAGCCACAAAAAAGUGGAGCUUCACGCCAACGGAAACAACUUCCGCUAUGUGCUAAAGAAUUCGCUGUACCACCUCAGAAAUAGGCUCGUCCAUCUUGAAAUAACCUCCAACUCUUUCAGUAUCGAGCUGGCUCGCUACGCAUUCGACGGUUUUGCUGAGACUCUGGAGACUUUAAAGCUAGAGCCCAUAGCCGCUGACGUAAAUGCUCUUAUAGAUUCACUAAGAAAACUGACAGGUUUGAGAGUAUUGCAUUUGACUUCCGUAACAGAAGAGCUGCAAAUUUUAUCCGCAAGGCUUUCAUUCCCCGCGCUAACAGAAUUGCGGUUACAAAAAUGUCGCCUGCAGAACAUAACCAAUGGCGUGUUUAAGAGUGUACCUUUAAAAGUAUUGAACUUAAAUAACAAUCACAUGACACAUAUUCCCCAGGAGCUAGUUAGAGCGAUUUCGAAAUCUAUUACCAUACUCUAUAUGUCCGCAAAUAAAAUAACCGAAAUCACUGAUUCGGAUAUCUCAACAGAUUGCCGACUCAUUUUUAUAGAUCUCAGUUAUAACAGAAUUACAUGGAUUGAAGAGGGCGUCCUAGACAGGUGUGCCUACCUGAGAUAUUUCAAUGUAUCACACAAUCCAAACCUGUUCAGCCUCGGCAACGCCGUGUUUGACGGUUUGAUCAGCCUUCACCUUGAUAUCAGUCACACGCCUAUUUCAAACCUGAACUUCGUCAAAAAGGACGUCUUGGUAAAUUUGAUAGCAUUUGACACGAGCCUCAGGUGUAGUUGCGAUGUUCAGGUCAGGCGACUGGAAGCUUUGCAAGGUCAAUUAAAAGGAACCUGCUUCUUUCGAGACAAUGUGGUUUUCAUUCAGAGCUACCCGCUAGAAUGUAGCAGGUACAAAAAUAGACAGAAGCGAGUAAGGUUUUCUUUGGAUACUCAGGCCAUCAGCCCAGAAAGAAACUUUGAUUUAGAAACAAGCAUCGUAACACAGAAAUCGUGGCGCGAAUCUAGACAAAAUCUGCCCGAGCAGGCUUCUAUAGAUACCAAAGAAGCUCGAUCCGUUUAUUCAACACUUACUAGAGCCACGGAAGCUGAUAGUAUUAUAACUCCAACACUUAGUAUUUGUAACAAAUGUAAAAGUAGUAGCAUUGCGCUAUAUCAAAGUUCAGAAGCCGAAGCAUCGAGAAUAUUAGAUUUUCCAUCAUCAGAAACAUCACAUUUUGUGUGGCAUGCUCCUUACAACAAAGAACCUCCACCAACAGGUGAUGCCAACACUUGGUCCUCUCAGAAAUUAUAUGAUAUUGAUUUAAAUAUGCCCGAGAAAGAGAUCCCAGAUUUAAAACUACCGAAUGUUGACCUGUCCAAAUACACCACACUUACAGUGGCAAGUACAGACUCGGAGAGUCCAAAACCGCUCAUAUCGGCGUCGAGCACCUUGAAAGACAAACACGAGUUCGCUUUACAGUCUACUUCCAGACACAUACCGGAGUCUUCGAAACUUGCCAAAGAAGAUGCGACAAAAAUUGUUGUAGAAAAAUCAAAGGCUACUCCAGUUUUGCCUAAUUUAAAAAAAUCACAGACAGUUUUGGAAACUCUACCGACCUCUUUUGAAAACACAGAAAUUACUUACCACACUCCGAAAAACAAUGAACGAUCAACUCAAUCUAUGUGUUUGCCAACCACAUCAGAGCAGACGGCAACCUCUUGCCAUAGGAGCGACGACAGAACCAUCAAACCAUCAGCUACCAUCAACAUUAUCAAUCAGAUCUCAUCCACGGUAACGUACUGGCGCGACUACACGUACUUCAUCAAACAUGUAGAAAACUUGAACCCACAGUUUUGCGGAACAAACUCUCUUUUCCUGAAACUCUCCCCCACUCCAGUCUCCCCAGAAACGCCAAGACCGCAUGACAUUGUGACCGUCGACGUAAGCCGACCGAGUGACACAAAACACAAAGCUUACAGUGAAAGCCAGGAACGCAGAAAAGUAACGUCUGCAGAGAAGGAACACCAAAAGAUACUGAUAAGCAACGAGGACCACGAGGCAGCACUGGACACUCCGUCGGCAGAAAUUAUGAAAUGGUUCUUGGAGUGUCCGCUCAGCAUUCUAGUCUGUUGGGUUCACGCCUGCUUAAUAUUUCUUUUGUUUUUAAGAAUUGACCACAGCCCCAAGAUGAAAAAUGUAUUAGAUGCAUAAAGUGUAUAACUGUAUUAAGACAUUAAACGCUAAUAAACAU